AUGAAUCCUUCUGAUCUUCCCCAAUGUUCCGUCUUCUUCUUCCUUCUGCUCCUACUUUUCGUUAUCACAGUUCAUGCCGAUGAUAGAUUCAAAAACUGCAGUAGCCACUUCAACUGUGGAAUCGUCAACAACGUUGGGUAUCCAUUCUGGGGAGAUAACAGGGCAGACUACUGUGGUCAGCCUGAUUUCCAUCUCGCUUGCCAACACAAUACUCCAAAGUUGAUCGUCAAAUCUGUAACUUAUAGGAUUCUGAGUUUCGACCUCAAUGAUCAGAGACUCACAGUGGCCAGGGAUGACUAUUGGACAACUAUAUGUCCAACUCAACACAUAAACACAAGCUUCGAUUCCACCAUGUUCAAGCUUUCUGAUGGGUUUCGACAAUUCGUCUUGCUUUAUGAUUGCAGCGACAGUUUUGAUGCAAUGAGUGACUCUAUCAAUUCAUCAAGCACAGAGUGCUCCACUAUUGACGGCUCGACGGAAGAAGUCUACUAUGCGAUCCUAUCUUACGGUAUUGAUUUCACAAGAUUUUGUGAGGUGGUUGUUGUUCCUAUAACGAAUGCCUUCGUUGAUUUGAGUGCAACAAGUGUGUUCAUUCUGGUGGGCAGUGCGGGCAUAGUGAUCAGAAGUUCUUGUUUCUGCAGCAACGGAAGUCAAGGAACUGCGACGUGUUCUUCAUCAGGUGGGCUUUCAGGUAAAAGGUCUAAGAAUACGGUUGCUGUAGGUGUUGGUGUUGGUGUUGGUGUUGGAGUUGCAGCUUUUUGUGGCGUUCUCAUUGUAUGUUUGUUCUGCUUUGUUAUGAAAAGAAGGAAAAGAAAAGUUGAACAGUUGAAAAGCAAUAAGAACCUCUUGUCGCCAUCAUUAAGCAAUAUUAAUGGCGGUGUGACAACCUCUACAACUGCAAAUAGUAUGGCUCAAACUGCUCCUUCUUACCAAACCUCCAAGCUUGACUCUGCGCAGAAGAGUUUUUACUUUGGAGUUCAAGUUUUUAACUAUGCUGAACUAGAAGAAGCUACCAAAAAUUUUGACCCUUCCAUGGAACUUGGUGAUGGAGGCUUUGGAACUGUUUAUUAUGGAACCCUUAAAGACGGACGUGUGGUGGCAGUAAAACGCCAUUAUGAAAGCCAUGCGAAACGUGUAGAUCAGUACAUGAAUGAAGUCGAGAUCCUAGCUCGCUUACGACAUGACAACCUCGUAGCACUGUAUGGAUGUACCUCCAGACACAGUCGAGAACUCAUCCUUGUCUAUGAGUACAUUUCUAAUGGAACAGUCGCCGACCAUCUCCAUGGCAAACUAUCUCGCUCAUCUUUGCUUCCUUGGCCUAUACGCAUGAACAUAGCAGUAGAAACAGCCGAAGCCUUAGCCUACCUUCACGAAUCAGAUGUCAUACACCGAGACGUCAAAACCAACAACAUUCUCCUAGACAACAAUUUCCGAGUUAAGGUUGCUGAUUUUGGUCUCUCACGUUUGUUUCCUAAUCAUGUCACACAUGUUUCUACUGCUCCACAAGGCACACCUGGUUAUGUCGAUCCUGAGUAUUAUCAGUGCUAUCAGUUAACUGAUAAGAGUGAUGUUUAUAGUUUUGGGGUGGUAUUAAUCGAGCUCAUAUCAUCCUUACAAGCUGUGGAUGUAACUAGGAAUCAUCGUGACGUAAACUUAGCCAACAUGGCUGUGGAUAGGAUUCAGAAUAAUGCAGUGGAUGAGUUGGUUGAUCCAUAUUUAGGGUUCAAAACGGACAAUGCUGUGAGGAAGAUGACUACCGGAGUAGCAGAAUUAGCUUUCAGGUGUUUGCAGAAGGAGAGAGAUAUGAGACCUUCCAUGAAAGAGGUGAUUGAGGUCUUGAGAGAGAUCCAAGGUAAGGAGUAUAACGUGAAGGACAAGGAAGUGAUGAAGAUGAUGGGUAAGGCAGAAGAAAUGGUGCUUUUGAAAAAUUGCAGUGCACCAGUUUCACCAAAUUCGGUUUCUGAUAAAUGGGUUAGCUUCUCUUCUGCGUCUAACUCCUCACAGAAUCUAUCAUCUCCUAAUUAUUCUGUUGGUAAGACUUAGAAUUAGUAAGCUUCACAGUUCAUAUAAUUUCAGAGACCCUUUUUGUUCUCAUUCUUAGGACACUUACGCAUGUUGUGGGAUUAAUAGGUGAGAGUGAAAUUAUUGUUGAUUUGGGUCAUUUAAAACACAAACACACACACACACACUGCCUUGUAUAUAGAAACCACGUUUUGAUGGAUUAGUGUUUCUUUUGGAUUAUAAA